AUGAAGUUGAGAAAGCAAGGGCACUACGUCGCCACUGAAAAGUUUGGGUUAGGAUUCAGUUUGGCAGAGCCUCUUCGAAUUUCAUCAAAGAGAAGCAAAGAGAUAGCUUCAUCACAAUACACCUCGGUAGAGGAGAUGAAGGAAUUUAAGGGCAAGAAAAUAAAACAACGGGCUUCAGUAUUUGAUCACAUUGGAGGCUCAACCCCUCCGGUCUCGGUGUUUGAAAGGCUAAGCCACAAAGGUGAAUGUGUAGCUUCCAAACAUCUAAAAGAAGUUUCCACUACCUCAAAGACCUUUGUCUUUUGUUGCCUAGGGACCACAAGGAAGUCUCCAUCUAGAAAGAUACUGUCAAAAUACAAGGAGCAAGUCCAUGAGGAGCGGGAUCAUUUUGAAGUUGUUGCUGACAAAGAAAUCUGUAGUGUUUUCCCAUCACGUAUGAAGAGGAAGUCUAUUUUGUCGAUAUCCACAGAUGGUCCGCUGAAGGUGCAAAGGAGAACCAUUGUUUACACUUUCCAGCCUCAUAAAGAAGCAAAGAAAGAGAAAGAAGCCAUGCCGACCAUCCAAGAAAGUCAAAGAGAAAAGUCAGACUUUGUGGAAACAUCCUAUCACAUAAUUGUGGAAGAUAGCCCAUGCCUUAACAUCGAUGAUGAAGUACAUGAGGAUCCCCCUCAAAUAGAAGAUGGCGGGCAAUCAACUGUGGAUGAGCUUAAGGAACUCAAUUUAGGUACUUUGAAAGAUCCACACCUCACCUUCGGUACUCCGAAAGAUCCACGUCUCACCUUCAUUAGUGCACUGCUUACGCCUCAAGAGGAGGAGGAAUACUCCAAGUUGUUGACCGAGUACGAAUAUGUCUUCGCUUGGUCGUAUAGAGAAAUGCGUGUUCUUAGUCCUAAGGUAGUUGUUCAUCAUUUAGGGAUCAAAAGUGGAGCACGCCCUGUGAAGCAGUCACAACGCAUGUUUCGACUCGAGCUUGUAUCACAAAUUGAAGUCGAAGUCAACAAGCUCAUCGAGGCAGGAUUUAUUCGAGAGGUUAAGUACCCAUCAUGUAUAUCGAAUAUUGUACCUGUCAAGAAAAAGAAUGGUCAAAUACGCAUUUGUGUUGACUUUCGAGACCUAAACAAAGCGUGUCCAAAAGAUAACUUCCCGCUACCAAUUAUUGAACUCAUGGUUGAUGCUACAAUAGGGCAUAAAGCUAUGUCAUUCAUGGAUGGGUCCUCUGGAUACAAUCAAAUCAGAAUGUCUCCAAAAGAUGAAGAGUGUAUUACUUUCCAAACUCCAAAAGGGAUAUAUUGCUACAAAGUGAUGCCCUUCGGUCUGAAGAAUGCUGGUGCAACCUACCAACGCGCGAUGCAAAACAUUUUUGACGACAUGCUUCAUAAGAGGGUUGAAUGCUACAUCGAUGACUUAGUGGUAAAGACGAAGAGAAGGCAUUACCACCUUGAAGACAUUCGAAUUGUUUUUAAAAGGUUAAGAAAAUUUGACCUAAAGAUGAAUCCACUCAAGUGUGCAUUUGGAGUUACCCCAGGAAAGUUUCUUGGCUUCAUUGUGCAUCAUCGUGGAAUUGAAGUUGAUCUUGCAAAGAUUGAUGCCAUUCAGAAAAUGCCCCAGCCAAAGAACUUGAGGGAGCUUCGAAGUCUCCAAGGAAACUUAGCAUUCAUCCGGAGCAUCAAAACAUACUUGCUGAAUCCACCUAUGUUAAGGGAGCCAAUGCUUGGGAAGCCAUUGAUACUCUAUAUCGCGGCACAAAAACGUUCACUUGGAGUGCUACUUGCUCAAGAGAAUGAGGAAGGAAAGGAACAAGCCUUGUACUACCUUAGUCGAACUCUGAUAGGAGCUGAGUUGAACUAUACGCCUGUUGAGAAAACAUGCUUAGCGUUACUUUAUGCAAUAAAGAAGCUAAGGCAUUAUUUUGAAGCAUACACCAUCAAACUCAUCUCUCGAGCAGAUCCCGUGAAAUGGUCCAUAUUGUUUAACCAAUAUGAGAUCACAUACAUACCUCAAAAAGUUGUGAAAGGACAAACACUAGCCAAUUUUCUGGCUGAUCACCCUCUUCCGGUAGAAUGGGAGCUUUCAGAUGAGUUUCUACAUAAAGACAUUUUGUUCAUCAAAGAAUUUCCACCAUGGACAAUGUUCUUUAAUGGAUUUGCACGUCAUAAUGGUGCGGGGGCGGGUGUUUUUUUGAUCUCUCUAGAAAGACAAGUCUUGCCAUUCUCCUUUGUUUUAGGUGAAACAUGCUCCAACAAUGUUGCAGAGUACCAAGCUUUCAUCGUCGGUCUCGAAAUGGCAUUAGAAAUAAAGAUUCUACAGUUGGGGAUCUACGACGACUCUAAGCUGAUCAUCAACCAACUUUUGGGGAGUUACGAGGUAAAGAAGGAAGAUCUAUUGUCAUACCAUGAAUACGCUUCUGGUUUACUUGAAAAAUUUGACAGAGUGUUUUUAAACCACGUCCUAAGAGAAGAAAAUUGCAAGGUUGAUGCUUUGGCUAACUUGGCCAAGCCGAUGACACUUGGAGAGAAUGAGUCAACAAAGGUAUAUGUGUGUCAUCGAUGGGUUAUUCCUAGACUUCUAGAUCUUCAAGUCAACGAAAGCCAUCAUACAUCUGUUCGAGUGAUUGAAGAAGAGGAUUGGAUGCAACCACUGAUAGAGUACCUUGAACAUGGAAAGUUACCUAAAGAUCCGCGACAAAAAACAGAUAUCAAACGAAGAGCACCACGAUUCAUCUUCUAUAAGGGGACAUUAUUUCGCCACUCUUUUGAAGGACUAUUCUUGCGAUGUCUUGACAAAGAAGAAGCCCGCCAAGCGAUGGAGGAAGCACAUUCUGGCUCAUGUGGAGCACACCAAUCUGGUCCCAAGCUCCAUUUUCCCAUCAAGAGGAUGGGCUACUACUGGGCGACAAUGGUGAAGGGUUGCAUGAAUCAUGCCAAAAGAUGUCAAGCGUGUCAAUUUCAUGCCAACUACAUCCACCAACCUCCAGAGCCUCUUCACCCAACUGUAGCUUCAUGGCCUUUUGAUGCGUGGGGACUUGAUAUUGUUGGACGACUUCCAAAGUCAUCAAAGGGACAGAUGUACAUAUUGGCUGCUACGGACUACUUCUCUAAAUGGGCGGAAGCUGUUCCACUCAAGGAGGUGAAAAAGGAAAUCGUUGUCGAUUUUAUCAAGUCGUAUAUAAUUUUUAGGUACGACAUAACAAAAAACAUAAUCAUUGAUAAUGGAACGCCAUUUGACAACAAGCUCGAGAAGAGUCUAUGUGAGAAGUUUAGUUUCAAACAACAUAAGUCUUUAAUGUAUAAUGCACCUGCCAAUGGCCUUGUUGAAGCUUUUAACAAGACGCUUGGUAACCUUUUGAAGAAAGUUGUUGCAAAGAACAAGAGAGAAUGGAAUGAGAGAAUUGGUGAAGCUUUGUGGGCAUACCGUACAACAUUCAGAACUGCUACACAAGCAACUCCUUACUCUUUGGUGUAUGGCGUAGAAGCAGUCCUGCCAUUGGAGCAACAAAUUCCAUUAUUGCGGAUAGCAAUCCAAGAAGGACUCACAUCCGAAGAGAAUGCUCAACUUCACCUAGCAGAGUUAGAGGCACUAGAUGAGAAAAUAUUGGAAGCGCAACAAAACUGGAAUGCUAUCAAGCUCGACUAG